CACGUUUAAACUGAAGUUGACACCACAAAUUAACCAAUCCCAUGUCUUUAAUUCUCCUUCUGCUCCUUCCUCUCCAAUGAAAUUUUCUGCAUCCGCCCCCCAAUUAUUUGACUAUCAAAUAUCUCUCUGCCGACUAUGGCGGCUGCUUCUUAUUCUUUAAUCCUUCCCCUCAUCACCUUCUCCUUGCUUACUUUCCUUCCUCACUCACUCUCCUCAUCCACUGUGUCGAUUUCCGAAUCUUCUAAUCAGACAUUAAUCUGUGCACUCAUACAUCCCCAAAACCAGAAAUCCUUUCUCAAUUGUACUGGUUUUAAGUUUCCUACAACUGCAAGUGGAAGCAAUGGGGGCGGCGGCGGCGUUCAAAUUCCUCUCGACAAGAAUGCUUCUUCUUCCUUCACUGCUCUAGUUGCCGGAGAUGGCUUCUUAUGCGCCUUGAGGCCCCCACCAUCUUCUUCCUCCUCCAAUACUAAUUCUACUUUGAGUUGCUGGAGGUUCUCUGCUAAUGGCACGCACUUGUCCCACAAGCGCAUCUACCGCGGUCCACCUUUCACGCAACUUGUUGCCGGAAAUUCUCACGUUUGCGGACUUAUUCAGAAUGGGACGACUAGUACUAGUAGUCGCCUCCAAUGUUGGCAAUGGCAUUGGUUUCGCAAUAGCACGAUCAGUAGGCACGAGUACGGAUUUUCAAGCAUUGCGGUGGGAGAGAAAUUUGUAUGCGGGGUAUCACAAAUCGGAAAGGUUACUUGCUUAGGAAGCAAUUAUAUAGUGGUUGGGAAGGAGCCUAGAGCUAGUGGCAAGAAUGUUUACAAAGCAGUGAGUGCUGGUUUCGGUCAUGCGUGUGCCAUCUCAUCGGUCGAUAACAGUUUGGAUUGCUGGGGAGAAAUGAAGGGUGAGAAACCUCAAGGGAGAUUCACAUCUCUGGCCUUGGGAGAAAACCGCAGUUGCGCUCUCCGGCCUAAUGGAACAGUUGUUUGUUGGGGGGAAAAUAAUUUCAGCUUGCCUGAGACUCUGAAAGGUACUUACUUCACCGCAAUUGAAGCAAAACGCAGCGUCUUCUGCGGAGUUUCAUCAUCCAACUUUUCCUUGUAUUGUUGGGGCAACCCAAUUUUCGAUGUCUCAAACAAUUUCAUGGUAUUCGGACGUGAUGUGAAGCCGGGUCCAUGUACAGGUGAAUGUCUAUCAUGCAGCAAUCCGUUGCCAGUGCCCGUGCCCUUGCCAUCGCUGCCACCAGAAUCAGGAAGCAGUAAGUGGAGCAAAAAAAUGAUUGCUUUUCUUGUAGUGGGUUGUGUUGGGUUCUUAGCUUUGGUGGUGUCGGUAUGUUUCUUUGACUUCAAGUAUUGCAAAACUAGAGUUGGAGGAUCCCGUGUUCAUGACUCAGGCCCCUUGGAUGAGCAGCCCCAGUUACAGGCCGAGCAAGGCGCAGCAGCAACGGCAGGGCCACCGGUGUUAGAGAAGCGGCUAAGCCAUUUGGUGAGCAUGGGCGCCAAUGGGGCUUCCUUGGAGGAAUUUCCACUGCAACUACUACUCGAAGCCACCUCCAAUUUCUCUGAAGAACACAAAAUCGGAACAGGCAGCUACGGCUCUGUCUACUACGCCACAUUAGAUGACGGUCGCCAAGUAGCCAUCAAGCGUGCUGAGACGUCAGUCUCUUCAUCACACGUUGGUAGCUGCACAAAGCGCCAGCAAGACCAGGACAAUGCUUUUGUAAACGAGCUUGAGUCCCUUUCACGUCUCAACCACAAGAACUUGGUUCGAUUACUUGGAUUCUUCGAAGACGCAAAAGAGCGAAUACUCGUGUAUGAAUACAUGAACAAUGGCUCCCUCCAUGACCAUCUCCACAAGCUCCCACAUUCGACCUUGCUCUCAUGGGCCAAGCGCAUCAAAGUGGCUCUUGACGCAGCCCGAGGGAUCGAGUACCUGCACGAGUACGCAGUCCCGCCAAUCAUACACCGCGACAUCAAGUCAUCCAACAUACUACUGGAUGACACAUUGCUGGUCAAGGUAUCCGAUUUCGGCCUAUCUUUAAUGCGGCCGGAGGAUGAAGAGUCGCACCUUUCGCUUGGUGCAGCUGGCACAUUUGGGUACAUCGACCCAGAGUACUACAGGCUUCAACACCUAACGACCAAGAGCGACGUCUAUAGCUUCGGAGUGGUGUUGCUUGAAUUGUUAUCCGGUUACAACGCAAUACACAGAAAUGAGAACGGGAUGCCAAGAAACAUUGUCGAUUUUGCCGUGCCGUACAUUGUGAGCGACAAGAUACACCGGAUUUUGGAUCCAAGAAUUGCAGCUCCAACGCCGUUUGAAAUAGAGGCAGUGGCAUAUGUUGGCUACUUGGCAGCGGACUGUGUAAGUUUACAAGGUUGUGACAGGCCAUCCAUGACUUACAUUGUAAGUAUCCUGGAAACAGCGUCGGCUUAUUUUUUGGAAAACCCUUCUUGCUCUCCUUCCAGUUCCACGACUGAAUCUACGUGACGAUGUAAUGGUGCGACGGCAUCAUCAAUUGUUGUUGACCAAAAAUCAUUCAUUUUCUUUUCCUUUUUCCAAAUUUUAUGCAUAUAUUGGACUUUUAUUUCCUUAAUUUUUUGGCA